AUGAAGCGGAAACCGUGCAAUCCUAUAAGUCUGAUUUAUUUUGCAAAUCGUUAUAUUGGGAUCCUUGGAGAAAUUUGCUUCAUUGUCUCAAUGAGCUUCAACGUGGAUCUUUUGAGUUGUCGAUUGACUAUGUGGACGGGAAAUCUAUGCAACUACGUCCUUCACAUUCGUGUAUUGGCACUCUAUCAUCAGGAUAAAAGGCUCUCAAUCUUCCUUAAGAUUCUCCUUUGUUUGGAAGCAGGCAUUGGGCUAGUUGAGCUUGGAGGUCUUAUGCAGGGUGUUACUUUUUGCGCCACUACUAUUGAUCUUUCGGAAUUUCGAACAACACUCACUAUCUCAUGUAAUUCCAUUACAGACAGACAGUUUAAGGCGAUUAGCGAAAUGCAAUCCUUUCUGUGUGACUUAAACAUCUCACCAAACCUGACCACGUCUGAUGGUGGUGCAAUUGAGCACUUCUUGCAAGACCAGUCAAGAUACUUCAUUAUGACGUAUCCAACUUCCAACCCUGGAGGUGGAUCUCUUGGAUAUGCAACUGCUCUAACUUAUAAGAUUUAUCGGGACAUGCAAAAUAAUCCUCCGGGCUUAGAUAAUGGCAACAAUCACAAAAUCCCAGACACGUCCUCUUUUUUUGAUCAGAGCUCCUUUGCAGCUGCUUUCGUAACGGGUUCCAUCAUUGAUGAAAAGUAUUGCAUUGUGAAAUACCAUCAAUUAGCUAGCAAGGUUAUCCUGUCACUGAUAAUCCUCUCCCUUCUUUUAGUCGCAACCUCUACAAGCACAUUUGUGCACAAACGAGGCGACUCCAAGACAGGAACUUUCAGAAAUCUGGAGUAUAGUUCUGAGUUUGAAGGAUUGCUUGGAGCUUGCGGUGUAGAGAUUUCAAAUACAGAAUAUCAAGUUACGCUUAAUGUAGAAUACUAUGGCGACGCCUUUCAGAACCCUCACUGCAAGAAGAACAUUACGAUCAAAGUUGGCGGAAAGUCAGCAAAGGGACAAUUUGUUGACAAGUGUACAAGCUGUUACGAUGCCGACAUUUCUCCGGCCCUGUACAAAGCCGUUAUGCCAGAUGGCACGAACACAGACUAUUUAAAGGGUGCUGUCCCGUUGUUGCAUGAUGAAUAUGAUUUGCAAUUGUAUCAUGGAUGGCAAGUGUCUGGGAUCCUUCAGUUUGCUCUGCAACGCCUAUCCAGCGGAGCUGAGUUAAUGUGGGUACCAACAAUCUGCGUGGCACUCACGACUACAAGUAAAGUCAUAUACAAACGAACAGAUACAACGAAAGGGGGUUUUGCAAGAUGGGAUUUCGACUCUCCUAUCCCAAACAUGAUGGGGGCUUGUGAAGUAGAGAUAUCGAAUGACAUUCCACAAGUGUCACUCAACAUAGACUACUACGGCAAUAACAUCGAGGAUCCCAACUGCAAAAAGAACAUUAUAAUCACAGUCGGUAACAGGUCAGCAAUGGGCCAAUUCGUUGAUAAGUGUAUGACCUGUCCCGAUGCCUACCUGUCACCAGCGCUGUACGACAAAGUCAUGCCUGAUGGUACGAAUACGGACUGGACUAAGGGUAAAGUCCCGUUUCUGCAGGGCUCUUGGGAGUUCGAAAAUUAA